AUGAUCAGCGGAAAUCCGGUACUUGCAAAAAGUCAAGGCGUGCUGAAAACGGAUUCGAAAAGCAUUGAUGCGGCGUUCGGGGGCGGGCUGGAAGGAGGGAGAGUGGUGGGUGUGUGGGGGGAUGCCGGGGGUGGAGGGGCUGAGAUAAGUUUAGCGCUGCUAUCCUCAUCGCUGCUAGAGAAUCCGCACUCAUCGGCUGCGGUCGUGGAUACAACGGGCAACUUUGAUGUCUUCCGCUUGUAUGCGUUCAUUUUUGCACGCCUGCAGGACGACGUGGGGAUACUUCGCAGUCUGAAUGAAGCUAUGAGUAUGGAUGGGCUGGGCGCGGAGGAGGUGGCUGCGAAGGCACUUGAUCGUGUGAAUAUCAUGCGGGCUUUUGACCUGGUCGGGGUUAUGGAGGCUGUUGGGGAGGUAAGAGACGAGCUGGAGGGACGAAAUUUGCAGGCAAUAGAUGAGGUGGAAGGGGGUUCUGUCGAUCCACCAGAAGCGGAGGUAGUAGUUACGGGACUAGGAGAACAACGGGAUGCGGAGAAGGAGAAAGAGAAGGAGAUGCCGAAGAGGACUUUCGUUGCGGAUAGCGACGAAGAAGAGGAAUUGCUGUUUGACGACGAGCCAGCGGCUCCGAUUUCAACGGAUGUGGUAAUGACCGAAACAUCGCCCACGGAGGAGCAAGACGAGAUACUAUUUGUCGACGGAUCCGCCGACCAACGCGACGAUACUUCCCACCUCCCGGCUGUGGUUACUGCCCCGCACGUCCAGCCCACGGGAGCAGAGCAAUCACCAUCGAAGAGGGAUCCUGCACCCGCACGAACAGCCUUCCUGCUCAUCGACAAUCUCGCGCAUGUCGUCAGUCCGCUCCUGCAGAAAGACUACACACAAGCACAAGCUCUAAUCUCUUCCUUCCUCCUCACCCUCUCCCACCUAACCCGCAACCACACCCUCCACACGCUGCUUUCCAACCCCAGCGUGCCACCUCGCCCAUCAUCCAGAAAGCCCAAUCCAAACCAUGAGAACCAGCAACAGCCACCACCGCCUUCGAUCUUUGCGUCAAACAAGAAUGUACCGGCGUUAGUGAGUCUCUUGAUACCAUACCUGGAUCUGUCACUGUUGGUGGAGAAGAUGCCCUACAGGAAGGUGGAUGCGAGGGCUGUAUAUGCGGAUGGAGAAGCAGUCAAGAGGGCGAGGAAGGGCAUUGAGAUGGUUAGUGUAAUGGAGGUUAUGAGUGAUCGGUGGGGUGGGAGGGGUGGAGGGUGGGGGACUUUUGUGUGUGGGGAAAGGGGGUUAAGGGAUGUGUGA